AUGCUCCACAACAACAUCAACACCGGUCCGGAUGUUAUUCUUUCUUCAAGCAAGAUCAUAAGGUCUCGCCAAUUCUUAGAAAAGAAGAAGCCGGCCCCCGGUUCUACAGGUGGCGGAAGGAAGAAGUCUACCGCUAAGAAACCGGCUCCGGUAAAGGGCAGGUCCGGAAGCAAGAAGGACAAACAACGGAUGGAAUCUACGGAACCGCCCUCUGAAAUGCGAGAUGAGGACGAUUCGGCCUCCAGCUCAGACCGAACUGCCUCACAUAAUACCGAAGAAAAUGAGUCCGGUAAAGAAAAGGGACCGAUUGAACAGGAACAAUCGGCCAGUAUUGAAACCGGUGCAGACGACCAUGGAGAGGAAGACAUUCCCGAAACCAACGACCAGGAGGUGGCCGAGAAUAUUGUGCGCAGAAUCAUGGAGGAAAUUGAUCUGCAAGCUCACAAGGCAGCCGAAGUAUACAAAAGGUACAGUCCGGGAACACCGAAGUCUCAACUUCAACUCUUGGUGUUGGAUAUCCUUGCGGUCAAGAAAGGAGAAUUUAUCGACGAAGUAGCGCGGCUUGAAGCGGUGCGCGAACAGCAAAAUAUAACGCACUCUCCGCGUCAUGAGGAUGUUGACAGUCAGAACCCAGGUGAUAAGUCUCCUCUAGCGGAUCAGGCCAUAAAUAAAACCGACGACAGGUUAGAGCCUCUUUUCACCGACAAUCUUGAAUCUGAUCAAGUCCGGGAUUCAGAACCGCCCGUCACAGAAGAAAAAUUCAAGUCUCUCAUUCAAGAGUUUGUCAACACCGCGGUUAAGCCGUGGAAGAAGAAAAUUAAGAAAGUCGUGGUUCAAACAAUUAAGAUGGCCGAGACAACAAGGGAUGAUCUUGUGAAGGCAAACGACUGGAUCACAAAGGUCGAAGUCAACUACCGUGACGACUCUGUUUUGUACGACGCUCAUCUUAAGCGAACCGUAGCCUUGGAAGAUACGACCUCAAAGCUGGUGGAUGACUUGGAACGGUUUCAAGGGAAAACCGAGCAACGGCUUACAAAGGUCGAUGAGGACCUGGGGCGGUCAAGCACCGAAGCCGGUUCCACACUUGACAUGGUCACAAGCCUCGAAGAAAAGAAUGCAAGUCUUGCGGAGCGAAACGACAAAAUUGAAGCUGACCUCAAGGCAGUCACCGAACAGGUGAAUGAACUGAUAAAUGCCAAGCUUGCUGUCGAUAAAGCGGUUGAGGAGGCGAACGCUCAGGCGGCGAAAGAACUUCAAGAUGCGUUGGACGAAGAAACGCGGAAAACGAAGGAAGCACCGCGAUUGUGUGAUGCGAAUUUGGCCAAACGCGCACGAAAUCCAAGGCGGCUCCCUCCUCUUCGGUUCCGGCAACACGAAAGAGGAAAGUUUCUGCAAUGA